GAAUGCGACGGUGACCCGUCUCCUUGCAUCACUAAUCUGCCGCGUGCCUGCACACAGUACGCUUAGGUAUCGAUGGGGACCAUCUUUCUUCAAUGCAGGCUCUGCCCUUCCUGAUAGGACUGCGUGCGAGCGGAGUGGCUGUGCCCCAGAUCGCAACUCGACUUUCUCACGCCCUGCUCCGCAGCACGUCUGGCAAUGCCGGUGCUGUGCUGUGCUGUUUUCUUGAUCUCUUCUUCCGUCGAGAUCGUGGGGGCCCACUGCCGCUGCAAUUCGAUACUGACGCGGGCGCGUGGCAGAUGACAGUAUUCCUUCGCGUAAGGCGCAAGAGAUGGAGAGCCCAAGAGGCUGGUGCGUGCAGUUCACGGCCAUGCUACGAAUCUCUGUCUGCGCGGCUUCGCGUUGUCGAUAGAAGUGCGCAUCGACGCGCCGGCGCAUACGCGCAUCGAGAAUUUGAGAAUGCGAUGCUAAGUGGGACGAAUGGCAACCCCACACUGCAAAUGCGGAGGGGUCGCGAAGGAGGAGGAAGGGAAAAAAAAAAAGGUCCUAUUUCCAAUCCCAACCAGUCUCGAGUCCCGGUUCCCCGCCAUCGCGACUUUUUCCAUCCCGCGCGUUGGGACGGGAGACGAACCCGAUCGAGACAAGACAGAACGAGACACGGCCUGGCGAGAAGGGCGCGCUCGAUCAAUCGGAUCGCUCAAUGGGCGACACUGGCCGCGAUUCUACUCCCUGCCCAGCCCAGAUCGUCGUGACUCAUAUAAUCCGACUGCGCACAAUGCCUUUUCUGCGUCCGCUGUAACGCCAGGCCGCUCGACAGUUUGGGGUAAGCGGGUUUUGUGUCUGGGACCCGAGACCCUCCCUAUACCAAGGGAUACUUUGUCGUCUCACGGCAACGUCGGAGGAUCUAAUAUCCCUGGAUUAGGACCCUCCUGUGUCUUCUUUCCAGCCAAGAA